UGUCUUGGACCAACAGUGAAGAAAAAAGAGUUACAAAUAUAUGAAACAUUUAUAUGACUUAUAUUCUGAAGACAUCUCAUCCUUAAUUAAAAUUUAUUUGUACUUAUUCUUUUCAAGUCAGCGCUCAGAUUUUAAAGUAAUUUAACUUUUAAGUAAUUUCACAAUUAUCAUGUUUAGUUACUGAGGCGUAUUAUUUGGUACAUUUAUCCAUUUGAGGCUACAGUAUGUCAGCUCAGGAGCUUUUUGUUUCUACAGCUCAUAAAUGUCUGAGUGUUGGUAGAAAAUCUCCUCCUGUUUCUCAGGGCGUGGACCUGGCUGUUCAGGUCUUGGCUGUUGACUUGGGAUUAAAACCUGCUCUGCUGUAUGACAGUAAUGGUGCCAGUUCAGAGCAGGUGCAUCAUUAUUUGAGUUCACUGCAGUCUUACCAGCUCGUGUCCAAAUCACUUCUUACUUUGGAUUUAAAUGGAAACACUCUUAUUUUUAACCCAGGUACAGUCGUAUCAAAUCUAGAGCGGGUGCUUUGCGACAACAGUGUAGCUGUGGUUGACGUGUGUCACUCACUGGAGAAGCCUGUCAUCACGGAGCAACUGACAGCAGAGCUGAGGAGCAUAACUGAAGAUUUAUUGCUGCUUCUAAAAGGUUCUGAAAAUCUGAGGGAGACUUGUUCAAAACCUCUUUCUGCUGGGGAGAAAUGUGACCAGUGGAAUCUGUGCACUGUGUUUGGUCUUUUACUAGGUUUCCCUGUCACUUACUGGUUUGAUCAGAACAAAAGCUUUGAGAACUGUCUGUCUAUGACUCCUCUGGUGGUGACUACAGCUGCAGCAACGUGGCAGCCAGAUGUUACGAGUCACAGAUGUUGUCUUUACUCGUUCAGCAUCCCAGAGGUUCUGCGUGAACAGACACACUCCACGCUGGAGCACUGGAGACUCUGCUUACAAGACAAAUUUCACCAACAAAAUGUCUUGAAGGAUCUUACAGUUGGUCAAACAGCAGUCACUCUGCCCUCAGUCUGUUUGUGAUACAUACAUUUGUUUUGCCAUAAACUUUUGAAAUGA